UCGCGCAGCCAGUGUGACGCUGACGCUCGAUUAACGAGCGCGGUUUUAACGAUUUCUUUAAAAAAUCGAAACAGAACCGUGUAUAGUGAAAGUGUAUGAUUUUAAAAUUCGUUUCUAUAUCCUUAAGUGCAAGUGAUUUAGUGAAUAUCGGGGCUAUGUUAUGUGAUUUCCGGCUUUAAACAUUGGAUAUAAAGACGGUAAUUGCUUGCAGAUAUCGGAUAAACAGUAGUAAGAUAAUUGUGAAGUGAGACAAAACAUUUAUGUGUGUGUGAUGUGGUUAUCGUGUGCGAAACCAAUGAAGCGGCGAAGAGUGCGUCUACCUCACCAGUAACUAGUACAAUGUUGGCCGCUUGGAUCCUUGCGGGAUGUCUGUGUCUGGCCUCGUCAGAUCUGCAACUCCCCCCGGGAUUCAAUUUACCUGCGAUCACGCAAGUCGCCCGCAAUUGGUAUGUGAUGUCCUCUGACCCAAUCGGGUCAAUAGUGACCCGGGUCACGAGGGAACGGACUGGGAAGCAGAACGUGACCUUCGGCUUGGAGACUGGUGGACCUCCAACACCUUUUGCGAUCGACCCUCACACAGGCGUUGUUUUUGUUAAUGAUACGCUUGCAGAUAAGGAAAGUAAAUCAUACUCUCUCUGGGUAACGGCUGAUGAUGGCGUGUCACUCCCGCAAAGAACAGAAGUAUUUGCAACCGUCACAGAUGCGUCUGGAGCCCGACCAAAAGUACCAAGUCCACCAGCCUUCGCCAUUUCAAAUUAUAAUACUGCUAUGACGCUACAACCAAAUUUUCCUUUACCACCUCAAAGAACCACCAAAGCAACAGAAGGAACAGAAAAAGUACCUGAAACAACAGUCAUUACAACUUUAAGUCCACCUAAACCACCGGCAGAUGUUCCGCGAGAAGAAAAAAAUAAAGUUGGCAUUAAAGAAACAAAAAAUAAUACAAAUGAGGAAACACGACCGAGUAAUGAAGUACCCUUAACUGUUAUACCGUUAGUUGCGAUUGGUGCUUUAAUAGCGAUCGUAGCUGGUGUCAUAAUAUUUGUUUGGAAAAAGAGGCAUGUAAAAGGAAAGAAAAGUACGAAGGAUGAUAUGAGCAAAGACUCAAGUGGGAUUGUUCUGCAAGAUUCGUCUGGCAACUUGUGGGAUCGCCCACGUGCUUAUUCCAAUCAGUACAAAUCUUGGGACAGCGGUCAUUUGCAGAUUUCAGAAGAGACUACAAUAAGCAAAGAAGAUCCUACAGAUGAAUGGGAGUUUCCUCGUCACCAUCUCAAGAUCUUUAAUAUUGUCGGCGAAGGGGCUUUCGGUCAAGUAUGGCGAGCACAGGCUGUUGAUAUUGAUGGAAAGAAAGGCGAACAAACAGUAGCUGUAAAAACAUUGAAGGGCAACGCUUCGGAGAAAGAAAAAACGGACUUGUUACAGGAGUUAGCUGUGAUGAAGUCAUUGGGGACGCAUCCAAACGUCGUGAGACUCAUUGGAUGUUGCACAGAAAAGGAACCUACGCUAGUGAUAAUGGAAUUCGUGAGCUUGGGUAAGCUACAGCAGUUCUUAAGGGACUCGAGAGCUGAACGUCACUAUGGAAAUACUCAUGGAGGGAGCCGUUUCCUCACAUCACGUGAUCUAACACAUUUCGCCUUCCAAGUGGCGCGCGGAAUGGACUUUCUUAGUUCUAAGGGAAUAAUACACAGAGAUUUAGCCGCUCGCAACGUGCUGAUAACAGAUGAGCGUACAUGUAAAGUUGCUGACUUUGGAUUUGCACGAGACGUCGCAGGGACGCAUGUAUAUGAAAGAAAAAGCGAUGGCCGUUUACCAAUCAGAUGGAUGGCCCCAGAGUCAUUGUAUGAUGACAUAUUUAGUGUGAAAUCGGAUAUUUGGAGCUUUGGGGUUUUGCUGUGGGAGAUCGUGACCCUGGGUUCAACUCCUUACCCUGGCCUAUCAGCUGGUGACGUCAUGAGAAAGGUGCGCGACGGUCAUCGUCUGGACAAACCGGAACAUUGCCGUCGAGAGCUUUUCAACAUUAUGUACUAUUGUUGGGAGGCGGAACCGAGCUCGAGGCCGGAAUUCAAAGAAAUCGUCGCUAUGUUAGAGCGAUUGUUGUGCACUGAAAUGGACUAUAUUGAAUUAGAACGAUUCCCUGACCAUUCAUACUACAAUGUACAACAUUUGGAUGGCGAAAAACUCUAAUUAUAUUUACUAACACGUAUUGUUAUAAAAAUGUACAAGUACUUGCAAAGAUUUUAACAAAAUAUCGUUCUCGAAAAUAAGUAGUGUGUACCUAAGUAGCCAACUGUUUGUUUAUAAUUUGACCAAACCUAUUAUUCUAGUACACAUUAAUCGGAGAAUUUUAAGUAAGAAUAUUAAACGAACUUCGUUGGAAAUAUAUUUCUCGUAUUACACAACUAUUAUUUUCGUUCUCGGAACUUUUCCUGUUUUUAAACAAAGGAAUAGGCAGUGCUUCUCAGAAUUCCUAUCUUUCUCCGUGUAAACAAAACAAUUAUCUAUUUAUCUUCGCAGUUAAAUUUUUUCAUAUUUCUGCGACGGUACCACUGUUUGACAUAUAGUGGUCAUAUACGCCUAUAUUAUAAAACGCUGGAUACCACGUCUUUGUUACCAUGGUUACGUAUUUUCUAUAAAAAAUAUGUCUAUGGCAUCAAACAAAACCUCAAUCAAAAUCGAAUCCGCGUUUUAUUAUAAGUCUGAUUGUGUUGCGUAUUGUACAGUGAGAUUAAUUUGUUCAAUAGGACCAAAAUUUUGAUUGUAAGAAUGAGUUAGUUAUAAAUAUAUUUAAUUUGCUUUUAAUGUGCAAUCUAAUAAGGUUAAUAUUGUUAAGACAAAACUACUUCCGAUGAUCGCUCUCAUAUUAGCGUAUAGAACAUUAAGAUUAAAAUCAGGUUCUCUAUUGGGAGUUGCAGGGGGUCCGCGCAGUAAUUUUCAUUAUGUAAUGAUACUACGCAACUAAAAUCCAGUAUAAAAACUAUA